UAUUCAACAACUGGGUCAAACCAACUUCAUAUGCUCCUUCUCGCACUUGUUUUUUUUUAUAUAAAAAAGGAAUAUUGAAGCUCUCCAGUUCCCACCGCUCCGAUACUAUUCUGCAGUCUUGUUUCUGGGUUCUCAUUUUUUUGAUCUUUGUUUUUCAAUAAUAUUUUCCAAAAAAUUUUCUGGGUUGGCUCCUCCUCCUCCUGCUGCACCUCGUCCUUGUUCUUCUCUGAGCUGUCUCUUUCUGGUCAUAGAUUCCAAUCAUGGGCAUAGAUGGUGUUUCGUCUAUGUGGAAGGAUAGAGGCAAGAUGCCGGUCUCUAUAUUGUGGAAGAACUUAAGCAAUGUCUUCAACAAGGAUGAGCUAGGUCAAGAGAUUGCUCAAAUUGCAUUCCCUGCGGCACUGGCUUUAGCAGCAGAUCCAGUUGCUUCUCUAAUUGACACGGCGUUCAUUGGCCAUAUCGGUCCUGUGGAGCUUGCUGCAGUUGGAGUUUCUAUUGCUGCUUUUAACCAAGCAUCGAGAAUUGCAAUUUUCCCACUUGUCAGUAUUACAACAUCUUUUGUUGCUGAAGAAGAUACUGAUAAAACUUUGACCACUGAAUUACAAGAAACAGCAAGUUUUGAGAAAGGCUUCGACAAAGAAGAGGAACAGCUGAUACCACAGGCUGCUGACAAGUCAUCGUCCACUACUUUUACCAACACAAAAGAGGCCAAAUCUGAGCAUGAAAGGAGGCAUAUCCCAUCAGCUUCAUCAGCAUUAGUUAUUGGUGGUGUACUUGGCAUCAUCCAAGCAUUAUUUCUCAUAUGUGGUGCAAAGUCAAUCUUGAACUUCAUGGGCGUACAUUCUGAUUCUCCAAUGCUAAUCCCUGCAAGACAGUACUUGACAUUGAGGUCCCUCGGUGCUCCUGCUGUUCUCCUCUCUUUGGCCAUGCAAGGGGUAUUUCGAGGAUUUAAGGAUACAAAAACUCCCUUGUAUGCUACCAUCAUCGGAGAUGCAGCAAACAUCAUUUUAGACCCCAUACUCAUGUUUGUAUUCCGCAUGGGUGUCAGUGGUGCAGCCAUUGCUCAUGUUAUAUCUCAGUACUUGAUGUCAUUGAUACUUUUGUGGAGACUAAUGAAACAAGUUAAUCUCUUACCCCCAAGCGUCAAACAUCUACAAUUCAGCCGGUUUCUAAAAAAUGGAUUUCUGUUACUAGUAAGGGUAAUAGCUGUGACAUUCUGCGUGACACUGGCUGCAUCACUGGCAGCAAGGCAGGGAUCAAUAUCUAUGGCAGCAUUUCAAGUUUGCUUGCAAAUUUGGCUGUCGACCUCUUUGCUUGCUGACGGGUUGGCUGUUGCUGGACAAGCAAUCCUUGCAAGCUCAUUUGCAAGAAAGGAUUAUGACAAGGUGACAGCAACUGCUUCUCGUGUCUUGCAGUUAGGUUUGGCCCUGGGUUUAGUGCUCUCCAUCACCCUUAUAGUCUUAUUACAGUUUUCAUUGAGACUAUUCAGCAAGGACAUCAAUGUUCUGCAACUCAUGAGUUUUGGUAUCCCGUUUGUUGCAGCAACUCAACCAUUGAAUGCCUUAGCCUUCGUCUUUGAUGGAAUCAACUUUGGGGCAUCUGAUUUUGCAUAUUCUGCCUGCUCCAUGGUAUUGGUCGCAAUAGUGAGCAUCAUGUGCUUGUUUGUACUGUCCUCCAGUCAUGGCUUUAUUGGCAUUUGGGUUGCUUUAUCCAUCUAUAUGAGUUUACGAGCAUUUGCUGGCUUUUGGAGGAUAGGGACAGGAACAGGACCUUGGAGCUUUCUCAGGAGCUGAUAGCUGCUUGAAAAUGCUUAUUAUAUGUAUGUAUAUGUAUGUUCUCUAAAAAUUGCAAAGCCUGAUUCACAAAACUCUUAUGUUGGUGUGUCAUUUUUAGGGCAUCAACAUUCCCAUUUCCAAGAAAUUCAUUUUAAUGAAAAUGUAUAUGCAAAAGAGAUUUUUGGACA